CUGUGCUCCAUUCCUGCAGGGUUUAGGAGCUGUUGCUGUGGACGGAGAGACGGGGUCGGUGAGUCCCCCCCCCCCAUCUGCUCAGUGUGUGGGCUGAGCUUCGAGGGGCUGAGCUUCGGUGGAGGACCACAUAAUGGGGUACAACAAGGUGAAGCAUUAUGAGUGUGAUGUGUGUGGCAAAGCCUGGCAGAAGCCAAGCCAGCUGGAGACCCACCGACGGGUGCACACGGGAGAACGCCCCUUCGACUGCUCGGAAUGUGGCAAGAAAUUCACCCGCUACGAGGCCCUGCAUCGGCACAACCGCGUGCAUUCCGGCGAGAAGCCCUUUGGCUGCUCCGACUGCGGCAAGAGUUUCAAGACAACAAAUGACCUGAAGGCCCACCGGCGAGUUCACACGAGCGAGAAGCCCUUUGGCUGCUCCACCUGCGGCAAGAGCUUCAAGACGACAAAUCACCUGAAGGACCACUGGCGGGUGCACACGGGCGAGAAGCCCUAUGGCUGCUCCACCUGUGGCAAGAGCUUUGCCCAGUUAUCCGGGUUGCUGCAUCACCGGCGGGUGCACAGCAGUGAGCGGCCCUUCACCUGCUCCGACUGCGGAAAAGGCUUCAAGACGUCCACGGACCUGAAGGUGCACAGGCGUCUGCACACCGGCGAACGGCCUUACACCUGCAGCGACUGUGGCAAGGGUUUCACCCGCUCAUCCAGGCUGCUGGAGCACCAGCGCACCCACACCGGCGAGCGCCCUUUCACCUGCACCCAGUGCGGCAAGGGCUUCACCCACUCCACCAAGCUGUUGUCCCAUCAGCGGGUGCACACUGGCGACCGUCCCUUCCCAAGCCCGGUGUGCGGUGAGCGCUGUGCCGUGGCCUCCCACAACCUAUCCCACCAGCACAUGCACACCAGUGGCCAGCCCUACGACUGCCCGUACUGCAGUGAGGCGUUUGACAGCUCGCGGGGGUUGCGGCAGCACCGGCGGGCCCACGUCGGCGAGCAGAUGCUCCCACUGCCUUGGAAGGUAAUCACGGACAUCACCCCGAUAUCCCAGGGGUUCUGCAGGAAGGAGCUGCGGCACGUUCUUCCCCUCCGGCGCCAGCUGUCAAUGGUGCUGGACCGGGAGGAGGUAGUUGACGGGCGCUUCUGUGUCCAGCAGGAUGGGCGUGACUUCACCUUCUACUGGACAUCGGAGCGCCCAAGUUCUGGAGGGGAUUCUGGGAAGGGUGGUGAUGUGGACCACUCGGGUGAUAUGGAGCAGGGGGAGAUUCCUGUUGGGGAGGGAGUCCCGCAUCAGGGACCCGAGGAAGCCCAGGAGCAACCCACCCAGGACGAGGCACAGAGCACUGUAGAGACUUGGGGUGGCCAUUUUGUUAGCCCGAAUUUCCAGCCAGAGAUCCUAAAGGUCCAGAAAUGGGUGCCAGGCCGCUUGCUUCACAUGGCCGUGCGCCUGGAUUGCGUGCCGUUGCAGACACGCCUGUUCUGGGAGGUGUCUGCCCUGCUGAGCUCCAUUGACCCUGGUGACCGUGUGAUCCUCGGGGGUGAUUUCAACUAUACCCUUGAGGAAGGAGACCGUUCCGGUCUCCAGCGUGGUCAGGAUUUGGUGAAGAAGUUGAAGGAGCUAGUGGGCUCCUUUGACUUGGUAGUCACCUGGAGGAACCUCCACCCCAACUCUGCUGCGCACGAGAGGAGGGUCCGCCCGGACGUAUUCAUCGGACCCAGGUGCCAUAAUCCUUCCCGGGAGCCGGUCCCACACAACCUGAGCCACCUUUACUCGAAACCCUUCACCUCCCUCCGAGACGCAGAGAAGCAUGUCCUGUACGGGCUCCUCCCCCACACCCUGCACUUCCUUGCCCUGGUCCACCGCCCGGAUACCAAGUGGCGCAAGGCCAGGGUCAGAGUUGGCGGUCUGCAGUUGCUGCCCUUGCCCUUGUUGCGCACUACCCAGUUAGGAACAAUCUGCAUCGUCCACUUUGGAACUUCCUCAGGUGUCACCUCUGCUGUCUCCAUCGGCAUCGAUCUGGUCAGGGUUGGGAACAAAACGGCAAUUGUCCUUCUCAUCAGAAACACCAUCAUUGCCAUCUUCAUCAAUGUCCUGAUUGUCAUCACACUGACUACCCACCAGUCGAUGGAAGACCACAUGACGGGGCAUAGCAAGGAUAAGCGUUUUAAGUGCGACGUGUGUGGCAAGGCGUUCCAGUACCCGAGCCACCUGGAGAUCCACCAGCGGGUGCACACGGGAGAACGCCCCUUCGACUGUUCAGACUGCGGCAAGAACUUCAAGUCGGAGCGGGCACUGAUGGACCACCGGCGGGUGCACACGGGCGAGAAGCCCUAUGGCUGUUCUACCUGUGGCAGGAGCUUUGUCCGGUUGUCGGGGCUACGGGGGCACCGGCGUGUGCACAGCAGUGAGCGGCCCUUCACCUGCUCCGACUGUGGCAAAGGCUUCAAGUCGUUGCCUGAACUGAAGGUGCACAGGCGCCUGCACACCGAGGAGCGGCCCUUCACCUGCUCAGACUGUAGCAAAGGCUUCAAGUCGUCGCAUGAACUGAAGGUGCACAGGCGCCUGCACACUGGGGAGCGGCCCUUCACCUGCACCGACUGCGGCAUGAGCUUUGCCCAGUCGUCGGCGUUGCAGAAGCACCGGCGGCUGCACAGCAGUGAUCGACCCUUCACCUGCUCUGACUGCGGCAAAGGCUUCAAGUUGUCCACGUACCUGAAGGAGCACAUGCGCGUGCACACCGGGGAGCGGCCCUACACUUGCAGCGUCUGCGGCAAGGGUUUCAUCCGCUCCGACAGCCUGCUGGAGCAUCAGCUCACCCACACGGGCGAGCGCCCCUUCACCUGCGCCCAGUGCGGUAAGGGCUACACCCGCUCUGCCAGCCUGCUGUCCCACCAGCGGAUGCAUGUCGCCGACUGUCUCAUCCCCAGGUCUUACCGUUGCUCCGACUGCGGCAAGAGCUUCAAGCGGACGCAACAUCUGAAGGUCCACCCGCGGGUGCCCACGGGCGAGAAGCCCUUUGUCUGCGCCGCCUGUGGCAAGAGCUUCACCCAGUGGUCGGGGCUGUGGGUGCAUCGGCGAGCGCACAGCAGUGAGCGGCCCUUCACCUGCUCCGACUGCGGCAAAGGCUUCAAAUUGUCCGCGCAACUGACGAUGCACAGACGCCUGCACACCGGGGAGUGGCCCUACACCUGCAGCGACUGCGGCAAGGGCUUCGUCUGCUCCAGCAGGCUGCUGUCCCAACAGCGGAUGCACGCCGGCAACCGUCCCGUCCCCAGCCCGGAGUAUGGAGAGCGCUUUGCCAUGGCCUCCCACGCCGUGUCUCACCAGCAGGUGCACACCAGUGGCCAGCCGUACGACUGCCCGAACUGCGGUGAGGUGUUUGACAGCUCGCGGGGGUUGCGUCAUCACCGGCGGGCCCACAACAGCGAGCGGCUGCUCCCACUACGGCAAGAGUUUCAAAAGUGCUCGGGGGCGGCGGGAGCACCAGCGGAUACACACCGGAGAGAGACCAUUUGUGUGCGCUGAGUGUGGCAAGGGCUUCA